AGAUUGGUGUUGCAUAAGUCGUUAGAACCCAUCGGCCAUCUUUCGGUCCAAAGCCUCUGAAAGUCUUCUUCUUGCCGAUGAUGUCGCGUUGUGCUGAUCAAAUGGUCAUCGGUUCAGUCUGGGUUUUGCUAGCCCUCCACGCCAUCCGAAUUGGUGGUUUCUCGUCCCAACUUAAAAACGUGAACUUCCCUGAUUUGUUUUCUGGUUUGACCUUCCGAUGCCAACGUCACCAGUUUGUCCCCAAUCUCAUCCUGGCCUAAUCUAGUGUUUGGAGACGUGCGAUGCUGCUACGACUUUUUUCCAUCGGAUCAACGGCUCCCGUCGCCUGAUCGAUUUCCCUUGUGUUGUUGGCUCUUGCAUCGUGCGGUCAGCAACGAAGCCCCGACAGCCGACACCGAGCCUGUCGGGCCCCACGGGCGGCGCUACUACGCUGAAACUCUACCCUCUUCAUGUCGCUAUUACAAUUCCGAUAUGUCCAUCUCCCUGCAACGUAUGUUUUAUGUCUUUGAAGCCAAGUCUUUUUAGCCGUUGGGACUUGGGUUGUGUUCUUCCGGAAAUUCAUUAGAAAGCUUCCCAUUUUCGCAAGGAACCAACGCAUACGUUCGUUGGAAGACCCGAAGAAAAGAGGGUAACAGAGCCCCUGGAAUUAGUUGACCUGUCUCUUUCCCGAAUACAAAUUGGUUGCUUUCAAAUGGGCUCAGUGACCACAACUUUCACUGAAGGGACGUCCUCAGAAGUUUCGAGGCUCGAGAGUUGAUAUAAAUGAAGCUCCACGUGGAAGUUGCGGUUAUUUGUCUUGCCGGCUUCCUCUCAAUUCAUCGUAUUUUUUGUGAUGAAUCUUCUAAUGUAUUUGGGACAAUCAAAUGGACAUGUGCAUGCUUAUUGAAUCAAGGGAACCAAAACUCUUUUCUCUCAUCUAACUGCUCUGCAUCCUGUAAUUGCACUUCAGCAGGUGGAGAAAAGAGUGAAAAUAUGUGGACAUGCAGAUGCAUGGACAAUUUUCCCAAAAUAGCAUCUGUGAACAAUGAUACCAAUUGCUUCACAGCCUGCAAUUGCACUGCUGGUUCUCUUAAUGAGGUGCGAGCCUCAGAUAAGCACAAUUCAAGCAGAGCUGUCAUAAUUGUCCUAUUAAUCUGUGUACUUUUCACAACUAUCGCAUUCCUUGCCUCGAUCAUAUUCUACUUUUGCCGAAAGGAGAAGUGCCCAAUCCAGUCACCUGUGUUCUCAUCAGACAAAGAAACAAGUUGCAAUAGUGCCACUAACUUAAUCCAGAUCUCAACAACUCGAGAAGCUAAAUUUAAUAUUUCUUCCCCUAUCAAUUCUUUCAUAGGGUGCUUCUACAAGGCUGCAUUCCUUGUUAAACACAAAUCCGGAACUGUACAUGGUAUCUUACUUCAGUUUGCCUACUCUGAACUGGAACAUGCAACCAACUACUUUUCCAGUUCAAAUCUUAUUGGACUUGGAGGAAGUAGCUACGUGUAUCGUGGACAGCUUAAAGAUGGCAGAAUUGUCGCUAUUAAGAGACUUAAGCACGAGGAAGGUCCAGAUGCAGACUUGAAGUUUUCAACCGAGGUGGACCUCUUAUCAAGACUUCAUCACUGCCAUGUGGUGCCUUUGCUCGGUUACUGCUCAGAAUUUCAAGGGAAACACGUUGAAAGGUUGCUGGUGUUUGAAUUUAUGCUCAACGGUAAUCUAAGAGAUUGUCUAGAUGGCACAAUAGGAGAGAAUAUGGGCUGGGAUACCCGUGUUGGAAUUGCAAUUGGAGCUGCGAGGGGUUUGGAGUAUCUCCAUGAGGCAGCUGCUCCAAGAAUUCUGCAUAGAGAUGUCAAAUCCACAAACAUUCUUCUAGAUGAGAAUUGGAGGGCAAAGAUAACUGACCUUGGUAUGGCUAAAUGUUUAAAAGCUGAUGACCUACCCAGCGGUUCCAAUUCUCCAGCAAGGAUGCAGGGGACUUUUGGCUAUUUUGCUCCUGAGUACGCGAUUGUUGGGAGAGCCUCUCUCAAAUCUGAUGUUUUCAGUUUUGGGGUGGUUCUUCUUGAGCUCAUCACUGGUCGGCAUCCAAUCCAUAAAUCAACCAGCAAAGGAGAAGAGAGCCUUGUCAUAUGGGCUACACCACGUUUACAAGACAGUGGCCGAGUGAUUUCGGAUUUGCCUGAUCCCAGGCUGAAAGGAAACUUCCCCGAAGAAGAGAUGUAUAUAAUGGCUUACCUAGCAAAGGAAUGCCUGUUAUUGGAUCCUGAUUCUCGGCCAACCAUGAGUGAGGUGGUUCAAAUUCUUUCAACAAUUGCACCCGAUAAAUCUAGAAUGAGAAACAUACAGGCCAGCCUUUUUCAGUGGUCUUCUGCGAGCAUGAAAUCUGAUUUGAUUACAGAAAGACCUGGCGAACUGGUAAAUAGUCCUAUAGAUGCAGAAGAGUUGAAAAAUAUUGCGUCAAACGGGUUGUCCAGCCCAUGUUCUCUACCAGUUGACGUCGGCCAAGAUCCUUGGGUUGCAAACAAUGAAAAUGAUAUUUCCUCCACUCAUGUAGAGAGAUUGAUUCUACUCUCCUCUAAAGCCAGGAGCUGGCGUUCCCACGAGGAUGAUACAGUGGACUUAGUUGAACCUCGGUUGGAAUCCUUCUGCUUGGUGACUGCAAGUCCCCUUGAGAAGGCACAUUGAGUUGGUUCAUGGGGAGGAGAGCAGCAAUGUGAUAUGUGAAAGAUGCCUCAGGGUUCAGUGUCAACGGAACAUUUUCAAUUUACUAACUAAAAUGAGUGACGUUGCGCAAGGAUUGUAGGAUGAUUGAGGAUAGGAGUCUCAUUCGCUCAGCUUCCUGUUCUUACUUUGGGGAAGUGUCGAAUCUCUCUUCUGGGUCGGCCAUGGAUCCACCGCCACCGCCGAGUGCACCGCUUCUCGGACCCGCCUCGCCACCCGGUGGAGGAGGAUGCUUGGACUGCCUCAUGUGGUUUCUGUGCUGCUGCGGCCUGUUCCGAAGCUGCUGCCCUCCUCUCUUCGAGCCCGGGCCUCCCCCGCCGUGAGGCUUUCCACAUUUCCGGAAAACAAUUGCCACUGAGUAUUUCGAAACGCAAUUUUUGUUUUUGUACUGUUGAGAUGGGUACAGAAUUGUGUGUUGAUUUGAUUCCACUCUGCAAAGUGCUUAGACAUUGUGCGUCCCUAAUUAUCUCCGUUGUGUUGGUGUAGUAGCUCGGAUCUUGUGCCUUUCUGAUGCUGAGCCUCUUCUUUUUCUUGUCUAA